GUCCAUUGGUGUUGUUAUUCUAUCUCCACCUCCUACUCCCCAGCGUUGCCCUGCCUAUGUGUUGUAUCUCUAUGUCCAUCCAUCGACUGACGUUCAAGUUCGUAGGAACGUCACGUCCGCACUUGAACUUGCAGCUCAGGGGGCUUUGCUCAUAUCCCUCUCUCUGUCUUUGCAAAAAAGUCAUGAAGACUGCCGCACAGCCCGUACCCCGCGCGUCACCGUGAUGUGAUCUAUAAUUCAUUUUUUUGGAUGUCAAACGCAUCGAUGAAGACAUUUUAUCUGGAGUCUAUUACGUUGUAGGACGCCUCUGCCAAUGUGAACCAAGCUGAACGCCACCACUUACCAACAUGUCUCGCCGCAAGCAAGGCAAACCCCAGCACUUGAGCAAGCGGGAGUUUUCGCCUGAGCCCCUGUCGGCCAUUCUCCCCCCAGACGAGGAGCACGAGGACCACCCCAGGCUGGGGCAGCAUGGGGACAACAGGAUCCUCCUCAAGGGGGACCAGGACCUGCUCACCUGUGGCCAGUGCCACGCCCGCUUCCCUCUUGCCCACAUCCUGCUCUUCAUCGAGCACAAGAGGCGGCAGUGUCGCGGCGCCCCCUGCACGGACAAGACGUUAGACGACGGGCACAGGCGGUCGCCCUCCGCCGUUCCCCUCGCCUCGCCCCGUCCCUCCUCAAACAAAUGCCGAGACAAACACCCGUCGAGGCGCCCCCUGGAGGUAGCUGUUCAGGUGUCGCCGCGCAACGAUGAUGAGGAUUGUUUAUCGACGCCCACCCACGGAAUUAUCCCCAAGCAGGAGAAUAUCACAGGUAAUGACGUCACCAUGACGACGAUGAUGACGAUUGUAACAAAUAUGGCUGCCGAUGUAAAGAACUUAAGCGACAAGCAAGGUGUUGGGGUCUGAGGUUUACUGUAAGUUUUGGGUGUUGACGAUACUUGGAUGGUACUUCAACGUUGUGAGUAGGGUUGCAAAAUCCCUAAGGUUUCCAGAAAUCCAGGUUGGAAGAAUCUCAGAAUCAGGAAGGAAUAAACAGGGAUUCCUCCAACCGCUGUUCUCCCAACGGGAUAGUUUUGUGAAAACCUGGGAAUUUUACAACCCUAGUUGUGAGUAAGUGCCUUCGUUUUGGUGUCGCUUAAAGCAAGAUUAUUGGAUCAUAGAUCAAAAAAAGGAUUUACAGUCCAAACUGCACAGAGCAGAUGGACUUCGAGUUGGGUUCAAUUUUGACUGGUGGCGAUGGAUAUCCACGAGGUAUGAUGUUCUUACUGCACUGCUGGGUGUAGGGUUGUUGAGUUUAUCUCUGCAAUGGGGAUAGAAGCCCAAUAUAACUCCCAUUCUACUCUCCUAAAGAAAGAGAGAGGGAGAGAGAGACGGAAAAAGAGAGAAGGGGUGCGUCCCAAACGGAACCAUAUUCCCUAUAUAGUGCACUACUUUUGAUACAGGGCCCAUAUAUAGUGGGCUCUGAUCAAAAGUAGUGCACUGUAUAGGGAAUAGUUCCAUUUGGGACGCAGGCCUUAGUUUCUGUCUCAUGUGGUCUCGAUAGAUGUAUCUCCAUCUCGCUGUGGUUUUCACAGAGACAUAUCUCUUCCCCUCAAAUACAUGCCUGCCAACUCAUACUCUGGCGCUACAAUAUAAAAUACAUUUAAAAAACGUGUAGGAAAGUAAUUACGGUGAACUGUCAAGGAAGAGGCAUUUAUUUGAGGAAUCCUACUCGAGCCGCUAAUUGUCAGGGUUCUCUUAGUCUUCAUUUAGUUAAUUAAGGACUUCUUACGGCGGUUGUCUAACCACAGCUAAAUGAAGCAAAACCAUGAUGAGCAGCUCAAACAAAUAGUUCUGUCUUACAGACGUUGGUGGAAAUGAACUUUGUGUGUUUGACAGUUUAAUUUUCCUUUUUGAGUUAUUAUAAACAUUUCUAAAAACAAUUAUGGAUAUAAAUGCGGGCUUUAGUAUAAAGAAAAGUAGUAUGCUGCGUUGAACUUAUCAAUGCUUCUGCGGAGGUGAGGCUGGUUUUCAGUUCAAUGUUCAAGGGUUCUCCAAAUGACAAAUACCCAAUAGGCAAACACACAGCUCCAUGUACAAUACAGUGGGGUAUAGGUAAACACACAGCUCCAUGUACAAUACAGUGGGGUAUAGGUAAACACACAGCUCCAUGUACAAUACAGUGGGGUAUAGGUAAACACACAGCUCCAUGUACAAUACAGUGGGGUAUAGGUAAACACACAGCUCCAUGUACAAUACAGUGGGGUAUAGGUAAACACACAGCUCCAUGUUCAAUACAGUGGGGUAUAGGUAAACACACAGCUCCAUGUACAAUACAGUGGGGUAUAGGUAAACACACAGCUCCAUGUACAAUACAGUGGGGUAUAGGUAAACACACAGCUCCAUGUUCAAUACAGUGGGGUAUAGGUAAACACACAGCUCCAUGUACAAUACAGUGGGGUAUAGGUAAACACACAGCUCCAUGUUCAAUACAGUAGGGUAUAGGUAAACACACAGCUCCAUGUACAACACAGUGGGGUAUAGGUAAACACACAGCUCCAUGUUCAAUACAGUGGGGUAUAGGUAAACACACAGCUCCAUGUUCAAUACAGUGGGGUAUAGGUAAACACACAGCUCCAUGUACAAUACAGUGGGGUAUAGGUAAACACACAGCUCCAUGUGCAAUACAGUGGGGUAUAGGUAAACACACAGCUCCAUGUACAACACAGUGGGGUAUAGGUAAACACACAGCUCCAUGUACAAUACAGUGGGGUAU